AUGCCCAAGAAGUUGCUGAACAAGAAGCUGAAGGUCGGCCCAGUUUUGGACGACACAUGGUUCGACUGGGCAAGGCUUACGCAAGAGGAACUCCGGCAGGAAGAGCUGCGUGCGCAACGCGUUGAUGGCCUCUUCGACUGGAGCGCCCUUGAGCAAGCUGAGGAGUGCAGCAAGGCACGCGCUGCCUUAAACAAGGCCGCGCACCAGCGGCGGCAGCAGCGGCUUGCAGGGAUGACGCCGCGCGGGCGUCGUGGCGUGGCCAUCUGCAGCCUGCCGGUCCUGGCAUCCGGGCACUGCAUGUGGUCCCAGGAAGGUGGUGCGGGGCGUUUGCGUUCGCUCAGCCACGACAAAAGCAGGCCAAUAUCGCCAAGAUGCUGCGACAAGAGGCCGACCACUAGAGCCCAGGUUUUCUGGGCCGCUGCGUCAAGGCGCCAAAUGAAGUGA